UUUUUUUUGCUUUUUUUUUCUUAAAAAAAAAAAGAAUAUUAUACAUAUAAAUAUGGCAAAAACUCUUAGUGCACGUGAAGCAUUUGAACUUCAUAAGUCUGCUGUUACUCGAGAUUUCAUUGCUAAACCACGUUUAGACUAUCGUACUGUUACUGGUGUUAAUGGUCCACUUGUCAUUUUGGAUAAUGUUAAAUUUCCUAGAUUCUCUGAAAUUGUAAAUCUGACUCUUCCUGAUGGUUCUGUUCGUGCAGGAGAAGUUCUUGAAGUUCAAGGAAAAAAAGCUGUUGUACAGGUCUUUGAAGGCACUUCUGGUAUUGAUGCUAAACAAACACAUGUUACAUUUACUGGACAAACACAACAUAUUCCUGUAUCAGAAGAUAUGUUGGGUCGUGUGUUUAACGGCUCUGGUAAACCUAUUGAUAAAGGUCCCAAGAUUUUUGCCGAAGAUUAUUUGGAUGUUAAUGGUUCACCUAUCAAUCCUUUCUCUCGUAUUUAUCCUGAAGAAAUGAUUCAAACUGGUAUUUCAGCUAUUGAUACGAUGAAUUCAAUUGCUCGUGGACAGAAAAUUCCUAUUUUCUCUGCAGCAGGUCUUCCUCAUAAUGAAAUUGCUGCUCAGAUCUGUCGUCAGGCUGGUCUUGUUCAAAAAUUAGCCCCUACCAAAGGCGUUCAUGAUGGUCAUGAAGAUAACUUUUCCAUUGUUUUUGGUGCUAUGGGUGUCAAUAUGGAAACUGCUCGUUUCUUUAAGCAAGAUUUCGAAGAAAAUGGCUCUAUGGAGCGUGUUACUCUUUUCCUUAAUUUGGCAAAUGAUCCAACUAUUGAACGUAUCAUUACACCUCGUCUUGCGUUAACUACUGCAGAAUAUUAUGCUUAUCAACUUGAAAAGCACGUUUUAGUCAUUCUUACAGAUAUGAGUUCAUAUGCUGAUGCUUUACGUGAAGUUUCAGCAGCUCGUGAAGAAGUACCUGGUCGUCGUGGUUACCCUGGUUAUAUGUAUACCGAUUUAUCAACUAUUUAUGAACGUGCUGGUCGUGUUGAAGGCCGUAAUGGUUCCAUUACUCAAAUUCCUAUUUUAACAAUGCCUAAUGAUGAUAUUACUCACCCUAUUCCUGAUUUGACGGGUUACAUUACUGAGGGACAAAUUUUUGUUGAUCGUCAACUUCAUAAUCGACAGAUUUAUCCUCCUAUUAACGUUUUACCAUCCUUAUCUCGUCUUAUGAAGUCUGCUAUUGGUGAAGGUAUGACAAGAAAGGAUCAUGGUGAUGUUUCUAAUCAAUUGUACGCUAAAUAUGCUAUUGGUCGUGAUGCUGCAGCCAUGAAAGCUGUUGUUGGUGAGGAAGCAUUGAAUCAAGAAGAUAAAUUAUCUUUGGAGUUCUUGGAGAAGUUUGAAAGGACAUUUAUUGCUCAAGGCGCUUAUGAGUCAAGAACUAUUUAUGAAUCCCUUGAUCUUGCUUGGUCUCUUCUUCGUAUCUUCCCCAAGGAACUCUUGAAUCGUAUUCCUCAAAAGGUUUUGGCUGAAUAUUAUCAACGUGAACGUACAAAGAGAUCCAAGGGUGUUUUUGACACUAAUGAAGAUGAAGAAUAACUUUGUUAUAAAAACAUGAUACUUUCUAAAUACCAUAAGAAAUAAAUAAAAAAGAGCCUUCCUGUUUGCUUUACACACGAAUCGUGUCUUUAAUAACCGAAAUCCACGUGAAUUAAAAAAAGUAACAAAAAGAAAAAAAAAAUCAAGGGAAAUUUUGUAGCACACUCUAUUGUUGUUUUGUUGCUGUAUAAA